AUGCUGAUAUAUAGCAGAUCUGGUAUCGCCAUAACUGCCACAUAUGCAAUACGCCAAUCUUCCAAGCUCCUCAAGAUCAUAUCUCCUGCUAUUGAUAUGAUUGAACUCAUUGCAGCAAGAGGAAACACGUCUCUAGAAUCUGCCGUCAAUCUUACAAAAACGUUAAGAUUAGACAUUCAGAAUCUAGGACAGAGAUUAGCCCAGGUCGUUGGUAACGAAGAAGCUCAUGGGAAAGGAGCUUCAGCCAAGCGUCGGGCACAACUUGAUGCUGAGAUAAAUUCUGUCAUAAGAGAAAUAAGGACUCUUCUAGAUCGCAUCGAGGAUGCAGUACCUCUCAUAAACCUAGCCAUCACCACUUCAGGGGCAAGGCUAUCAACUACAUUACCUUCUACCGUCUCACCGUCACGGUUGCUACAGGCUAGUACGUUUUUAACGGCUGGCGACACUCAGUUCUCUUUAACGCCAAACCGUUCCGUGCAAGUUGGUCCCACCUUCACGCUAUCCAUAUAUCUUCUUUUUGCAGGUCACGUUCGACCCACGGAUGAAGAGGGUAUCCGAGAAACUACAUGGAAAGAGGUUAUACAUAAGGCUAGAGUGAAGCUAUGCCGUGUGCCUAUUGAUGUGGUUCUUGCAGAUCAAUACGGAGAUCGACGCAACCUUCGAGGAGAGGCUAGAGCAGACGAAUUUGCUUACCAGAUACUUAUCAUUGAAGAUCUUGAUGAUGGAAGAGUUCAUUCAUUCGAAGAUGAUGAACCCAAGCCGGGACCUUUUGAAGGUGUGGCCCAGGCCGGCAUCAGGGAUGUUAUCCCUGUACACCAGAUAUCCAAGAUCUUCUACGCAGACACAGGAAAGAUUUUAAACAUUGGGACAGAGGGUGAAGCCAAUAAUCCCGUGCUUCUCCUAAAGAGAGAUGUAAAUGCGAUACCUCCACGAGGAAUGAUUGAACGAGAAGACCUCGCUGGGUACUUUGACCCUGAGGAUAACCACGAUCCUGAACAGGAGCCGUAUGAUGAACAGGCACAGAUCGAUGCGCAACUGAUGGCAUCGCAGGGUAUUCAUAAUCCCUCUGAUCCUGCGCGAUACCAGAAUGACAUCCCUGAACAUUGGCGGUUCCCCCCGAGCCUUGAUCUAGAGUGGAUAGCUCUCGAGGUUCACCAAGAGGAGCCUGAAUCGGAGGAUGAUGAGAAUGAAGAAGAUGAACCAGAGGCAGCUUCUGCUACAAUCACAGAGGAAGACGAACUUUCCGAGAACUUAGCAAAGCUGAGGAUUCCCAAUAAACAUAAGUCAUCCUCAAGUCAAGUUGCUGUACCCCUUUCUUCAGACCAUCCAAUGUCCUCAUCGACAGUCUCCAACCCUCUAUUCAAUAACAUUCGAACCUCACUGUCGCUGCUAGAAACAUUACUACGGCUUACCUCCCUCCAACAAUUCCAGCAACAGUCCCAUCUCUCGAUCACAGAUGAACUUCUCACAUUUUUCCUCGAAGAAUCGUCUGCCACAGGCGCAGGUGGAGACGAACAACAUCGACAGCGUGUCCGAUCUGAAGCUCGAAGAAAAGUUGGAUGGGACCCAUAUGAUGAAAGUCCGCUGAAGCCUCGCGGAGAAGAUUAUCAGUAUCAGAAUGAGCAUGGAUCCGUGGCAAGUACUCCAUCAAGAUACCAGCCGCAGUCUGUAGAUACAGAUGAAAGUUUUGAAGAAAUCCCUGCUCAAAUAAGGAGCAAAUAUGCUGGUAGAUAUCAGGAUUCGCCACAAGUUAGGCGACAGAGAGAAUCGUCACAGGCAUUGUCUCCAACCACUCCCCGUCCCCUAACCCCUGCAUCGCCAUCCCCUAAAGAGAACUACACUGAAAAUAAUGAUAGGAAACCGUCAAGCCUCAGACGGCAGGUUCCUACAAACAAACCAGCAAAAAAUGAUGGGUAA